ACAGGUGAAAACGAGCUGUGAAAUAUUGCAUGCGCAUGCGCUAAAAUUCUUAAUGGAGACCCCUAAAAAUGGCGGAGCUAAAAAGAAGACCUGGGGCAAUUUCAAAAGGCAUGAAACUGCCUAUAACAGUAGAGGAUGCCAUUGACGACGUUUUAGUUGUAUGCCUUGAACAUGGUGCUAAACUUUUCAAGGGUAUUUUGUUGGAUAUAAAUAAAAGGAAUCUGCCACAUGGUGUAUGCGUGCCAUUCUCGGCGAACGGGGACAAUUCAAAAGAUGACCCUAACGCACAUUCUGUCAACAACAAUGCACAUGAUGUUGAAGUUUCAGCAACAAAUUUCAGACACACUUAUAAUCGUGGAAAUGACGAACAUGUAAACAAUUUUAUCUUACGUUCCAGCAAAGACCGGCCUGCACGAAGCAUCCGGUUGCGCCCAAGAUCUACAUUAUGUAGCAAAUGUAAAUCUGUGUGUCAGGAGACAGAGAAAGGCAUCAUGCCUGUUCAGCAAAUUGUUAAACAGAACACACAAAAGAACCAAGUACCUCAGCAGUCACUACGAGAAGGCCUGCGGAGGCGUUCCGUCCAAAAUAAAGAUCCUUCAAUUAACAGCAAGCAGACAGACAAUAAUAAAAACUCAGUUGUUACACGAUCUAGUCCAUUCAUUAAGAUAUCUAUUGGUGAAGGAACGGUGUUAAAAAUUCCACCCCGUCUUCAUGAUGAGGUUGAUGGAAGUACUGUGAAAUCAAAAGCAAAAGCAGAAUCUGUAAAAGAGGAGAGUUCUUCAGAGCAGGACAAGAAUAGGAGAACCAGUAAAAGGAAUCUCCGCAAAACUAAGGAUCGUGCAAAGCGUUUGGAAGAGGAGCCUCCAAAAGAAAGUGAAACUACAAAUGAGAAUGUAACUAGUCAUCACAAAAAACAUAAACGUAAGCAUAAACACAAACAUGGAGACAGCGAAGAAAAAAAUCAAAACACAACCUGCGAAGGUGUAGAUGAGAAUUUAGAAAGUGCAACAGAAAAUCAAAAUGAUGGUGUUCCCCAAAGACCAAGGUUACUAUAUACAUGGCGACAAAAUAAAGGACUCUCACCAAGGCGAGAAAAUACUACAGACAAUAUUGAAAAUGUAAAUAAAAACAUUUCCAUGAAGCAAAAUUUCCCUGGAAAUCUUUCACCAAAGCGCAAUGUUCGAUCAAAAAGUAGUGAACAGGUGCACAAAAAGGAAUAUAAACUAAGGAGUCGAGAGCGACUUAGUGUUGAUUCCAUGGAGAGUAAGAGGUCAGAGGAGAAAGUGCAAGAAGAGGAUGUUUCUUGUGUAGAUGUUGGCAGUGAAAAUGAGCCUGAGGGGAACAUGAAUGUCAGCGAAGAACCAAUGCCAGAUUUAGACAUGGAAAGCCAGGAAACGUCUCGAGAUAUUUUAGAUUGUAUAGACUCUACAGACAGUGCUCCUGUGUACUUUGGUAAUCUUAAUGAAAAACAUACAGACUAUUACUUGCAUGCAAAUCAUGAUUACGUUGUGACCUUGAAUAGUACAAACAGUCUUAGUAACUCCAUAAUGAGCACAAGUUCAGAAGGACAUGAUAAAUAUGUGAUAAUUGACACAGACAAGUAUUCUGUGAUAUCUUCGGCUUCGGAGCGAGAGUUUGAUUUCAAGGAUGAGGAUAUUCCAAUGUCUCCUGAUGGUGUGUCUUCAUCUGUGGUAAUGCUUCCAUCUCCAAUUCACCAUUUAAAACCAUUUUCUCCUGCCCACCAACCAGAACCAGUCUCUCAUGCUCAUGAACUGGAACCGAUAUCUCCUCCACAGCCACCAGAACCUGUGGAAGAACCGGUCAUUGAAGAAGACGAGGAGAGGGAAGACAUAGAUGAUGCCCCGCCCACCAGUGAUGAUGUGUUCAGAACAUUAAUGAUGAAGAUUAGGACUCAUGAUGUGCCAAAGUGUAUGGCUAAUGAUGGCCGAACAAUUCACGUGGGAGAUAUUGUGUGGGGUAAAAUUAAGGGUUUUCCUUGGUGGCCUGGUCGUGUUUUGUCAAUCAGUGUGAGUGAAAGAGAUGGUGGAAUUGUGAUUAGGAGACUUGCACACGUGUCAUGGUUUGGUUCAUCUACUAUGUCACACAUUCAGUGCUCUGAUCUUUAUCCAUUUCUGGAAGAUUUUAAGUUACGUUAUAACAGGAAGAAGAGGGGACCAUAUAAAGUGGCCAUCAAGCAAGCCACAAUAGCAGCACAGAGCGUGACAAACACCCAUCAUAUUGAUUUCAAAGAGUUUGAUUUGUAGCGGUGACUUGACACGUCUAGAAAAAUCUCACCUGUUUAUGAUGUCCUGCCUUGAGGAGACUUCAUCCUACAACCCACAGCGUUAUCUCACAGCAUCUGAUACCAGUGUCCAUUAGGGAAUCCCACAUUACCAGAUUUCACUUAACUGAGUACAUUUCAGUCUGUAGCAAGGUUGGAGUUUGCUCCUUUGCUGAUAAAUUAAUAAGAAUUACUGAUGUCCUUCAACAUAUUAAAUGUGUACAUUUUUUUUUUGCAAGCUGCCAGUUAAGAGUGUACACAUACAGUGUGAUUGUGCCAUUGAAUUUUUGUUAUUGGUUAGUUGUACAUGUAUACCUCAGCAUUCACUUGUAAUUGAGUCAUCGAAACAUUUUAUAUUGAUAUACAUGUAUAUGGUGUAUGAUUGUUUUUUUUUUUUUUUUUGUGACUGAAUGUGCUUUUUUUUGGACCAAGUUUUAUGGGCAAUUCAUUUGUUUACUGGCCAUAUAGAGACGGUAGAUUUGAAUUGAAAUGUUCUAGUGUUGUAAUUGUUGAUGCUUUGUAGGAAAACAGUAGUUACAGAAGGUGUUUUGGUGCCAGUUUUUUUUUCUUGUUUGUUACCAAAUGUCUGUUAGAAGUAAGUCAAGAGUUUUAUCUGCAGUGUGAAUUGUUAUGAAUUUGAAAGUAUCUUUAGUUCUAUUUGUACCUUAAAUUAUUACACUUGGAAAUCAAUUGCAAAGUUCUCCAUUCUUUUGAAAUGGCCAGUAUUUUUGUAUUUUUGUUGAAUUAUUAUUAGCAUAGUAAGAAAAUAAUAUUUGAAGGGAUUUCUUAAAAAAAAUCUUUUAAUUAUGAAAUAAGUUAUAGCUCACCUGAGCCAAAGUCUUAAGUGAGCUUUCUGAUCGAAAUUUGUUCAUUUUUUGUUGUUGUCAUUGUCAGCCUUUUCUCCAAUAUCGACCAAUCUUGCCACAAAGAAUCCUUGGGUUAAGGGAAUUCAAAUUUUUUUCACAGGAUUACACCCUCUUUCAAGGGGAGAUAAUUAGGAAUUAGUGAAAAUUUGGUGGCAUCUUUUAGAAAAAUCUUAUUCUCAAGAAUCAAUGGACCAGUAAAGGUGAAACUUAUAUGAAAGCUUCUUGAUGUGAUCAGAAAUAAGUUUUUGUCUAUUGUAAAUUUAAGUUUGUUCAAGUCAUGACUCCAGGGAUGGGGCUACAAUAGUAGGUCAUAAUUUUAAAUGGGUAUAAGAAACAAUAUUUUAAAAUCAUCUGUUGAAAAACAGCAGGGACAUUAUUAGUCAUUGAUAUGCAAGCAUCCUCAGGUAGUGUAGAUUCAACUUUGUUCAAUUCCUGGCCCAGGUGUUGUGGUGGGACAACUCAAUAGAUCAACAUUUUACAUGGGAAUGUAUAUAAAAAUGUCUUUCAAAAUCUUCUGAUGAAGAACAGCGGGGCCAUGUUUAGUCACAUUAUUAUGCAAACAUCUUCAGAUAGUGCAAAUUCAAGUCUGUUCACAUCCUGGCUACCAGGGAUAUAAAUAAAUUUGGUUAAAUCAUUACCCCUUGAGGCUAGGUUGGGGCCACACAAUAUGGGGUAAGAAUUUUUCAUGGGUAUAAAGAGGAAAAAAAAUCCUUUUUAAAUCUUUUGAAGAACAGCAGGGCCAAUAUGACUUGGGUGAGUGUUGUGGCCUAUUGGCCUCAUUUUUUUAUGCAUGUCAAUUCAGUAUUAAAUUUUUGAUUGUGUCAAAAGAUUCUGGGAUUAUGAGAUAUAUUUUAUUUGCCUGCCAUGCAGUCCUUGUUACGUCAGUCUUUCCGUCAUUUCAUCAUGUAUGUCCCUUCCAUUUUGCAAUUACUUAAAUGUCAAAGAAAUUGAUUUUAAGACAGUGAGAACCACGUUUGAUCUGAAUGUGUAAUUAAGCUUAGACAGACUAUAUAUUUGAUGUCACAUAUAUUAUUUCUAAAUUGACUUUUAGCAUCAUUAAAGUGCUGGAUGGGAGUCAAUGUAGGCACAAAGGAACAUUUCUCAAGUUUAAAAUGUUUACAUAAGAAAUAACCAUCUAAGUUUAUGGGAUUAUACAUGCAUAUGUAUAACCAUUGGAGCACACUUAUAAUUCAUGCAUAAACGACUUCAUCAUAUUCAUUUAUGUAACAACCUUCACUCCAAUGUAUACAUAUCUAAAUAUACCGGGUAUUUGUGUUUAUUUGUGUGUGUGUGUGUGUGUGUUUUUUUUGGGGGGUUGGGGGGUUGGGGGGGGUCAUUAUAAUGUUUUCUGGAUUGCAUGUUCAUUUUGGGUAUCUUUAAGUUGUGUCUAGUUCUUGUCAUAAACUCUUAUUUUUGUUGCAAGCCCAAAAUCAAACAGUAAUAUUGGUACUGCAUGUAUUUCUUAAGCUUUUUUUUAUUGGACAAGGGAUGAGAGACAGUGUAGAUAUUUUUUAAAGAAGAAUGAUGGUUUGUAAAUAAGAAUUAAUUGAAGCAUUGAAAUGUCAUCAUUCAUCAAGUAUAAAAUGUAUUCCAAAUUUACAGUCUGAUUGUUUCAUUUCUAAGAUAAGCUAUAGUUUUGUGUGAAUGAAGUAAUAAUAUGAACAGAUUGCAUGCUCUUGUAUGAAAAAACAUUGUGUAGUGCGAGAUUAAACAUGUGUAAGGGUGAAGGUAUGAUUCAGUAUGACCUGUUAAUUAUACAUUGUAUAGUCUUUCAGGUUAUACACCUAUUGACGGUAUCAGUUCUGAGCAUUUUAAUAAAAUUCAUAAUUUACAACAGAUAGAAAUAUGUAAUUCCAUCUCAUUGCUUGCUCAUAUCUCACUGCUAAGUGCCCUUGAUUUUAUAUAUUUUGUAUUUUGUCAUGUUUCCAUUUAGUAUGAUCUUUUGUUCAUAUGCAGUGUUUGUGUAUGGGCAAAUAUCCUGUCUCGUGAGUUUCACUAUUCACAGAAAUAUGUAAUCCAAGGAUCUUCUUUAUUCACUAGGAGAUUUUUCUUUUCCACUAGUCAGAUAGAUGCUUGAUGAGUAAAAAUUGUUAAGAAGGAAAGGUCUAUUUUUAAAUUUAUUCAGCCAUUACUGUGGUUACAGAGUGAUAUUGAAAUUAACCAGUACAAUAAAACUGGGAAAUACUUCUGA